AUGGUAAAUCUUAUGUCCCAAGAAACUGCCUCCACGUCAAUGAAUUCUUAUUCGGUCUUAGAUGUUUUGGCCGCCGUGAUCAAGCACCUGGAUGAACUCACUUGGCUUCUGCCUGUUGAUGCUGAUUCUUUCAAUUCCUCUAGUCUUUCAAAUCAGCCCUCCGAAAAGCCGCCCUUCAUCGUCUCAGAGACUCGCACCCACUUUCCAGGAGGCGAGACCUGGCUUUUACUUCGCGGCCACCACCAACAUGCCUGCAAUCUGGUCGGAUCCCGCAGGCCAGAGUGGGACGCCCGCGACCCGACACCCAGGCUGGAGACAGGAGGAUCGGCGGGGCUAACCCGGGUGGGAGGCUUGGGAGGAUGGAGGCGCCCCCCGACUGCCGCCUCCUCCCCUUCCCCGGGUGGGCGGGCGCGCGCGGGCCUGGAGCGGGGAGGCGGCGUGAGGGCAGCAGCGUCGCGGGUGGGCGGGUUCCGGGGCCGCGGAGCGCGUCGGGCGCUCCCGCCGCGAUCGCCCCGCGGCCGCUCCUGCCCGGCGCCACCCAGGCUCCCGGACCCGCGAGGCGCCCGUCAGUGGCGGCCGCGGGGACCCGGGCGCGCGAGGGGAAGGGCCGCCCUCGCGUCGCCCCGCCCGGAUCAUGGCCCUGCGUGGCCCCCGAGCGCCGCCCUGACGGGGCUACCGCGAGGAGCCGCGGAGGCCGAGGACCCGGGAAGCAGGAUCCCGUGGACGCCCGCAGCCCGAGGGAAUCGCCAGAGACCAGGCGGUCCUCGCCCAGACACCCUCCCCCUGAGACUUGGAACGCGGACACCAGAGGCCGCGCGCAAGUUGCACUGUGCCUUAGCAGCCCUUUGGUGCUGAAGACCAAUAACUUACAGCUGCAAUUCUUCUGACACCCACUCCACAAACAAACUUCAGGUCUUUCUCAAGAUUACCGGGCACAUUUACUCUUCUGACAUAGAACGAAAAGUUCACAGCAUCAAUGUGCCAUUUGAAAUAUGUUGAACGACUUGCUGACAUAAGGAAUGUACGAUAAUAUUUUAAUCAGUUUGCCUGCCAACUGGAGACUUUAGAUUUGUGUCCUGUGCCAGAUUCCAGUCUGAACUGAUGUCCUGCUCUCUGCUGCGAGAAUUAUAUGACAUUUUCUCCAUUUGUACAUCCUCUCACAUCUACUUCAAUAUCAGUGCUAGAUUUUUAAUGAACCUUGUACUCUUCUGGCGGGUUUCUGAAGAAUUUGUCCAAUAAGAUUUCUAUCAUUUGAAUAAUUCACCUGUUAUCUUCUAAACUAAUAAUUUUAUGAUUGCAUUUACAUGUUAUAAGUCAACUAUUUUGUUAUCAAAUUUAUAUUACAUUUUUAGAUUAUAAACAUUUUUGUUUUGUUCUGGAUGAAGUUCAGCCUCUUCUGUGUGACAACCUGUGCAUUCGGUCCCCUUGCUGGGCGGUCACUGCCAGACUUCACCUUCCCUGAUCACGGCUGUUGCUUCAGGGAGCCUCCAGGUGUCUGAGUUAUCACAUUCUCUCGUAAGGUGACACAAGUAUAACCGAUCACUGUUUCAGCUUAAAGUAAAGUAAAGUAAUGGCUUAGACGGUAAAGCGUCUGCCUACAAUGAGGGAGACCCGGGUUCAAUCCCUGGGUCAGGAAGAUCUCCUGGAGAAGGAAAUGGCAACCCACUCCAGUAGUCUUGCCUGGAAAAUCCCAUGGACGGAGAAGCCUGGUAGGUUACAGUCCAUGGGGUUGCAAAGAGUUGGACACGAUGGCAUCUUAAAACAUGCGCUCAUAAAUUAGUUAUUUCUGUUAUGUCCUAUUUGUAUUUACAUACACACAAGUGCACGUAUAUAGAUGCAUAUGUGUUGUUUAUGUGUGUAUUAUGUUCUAAAGGCUCUGGUGUAAUUUGUCAAACUUGCAUUCUGCCCCUACCCCGACCCCAUACAGCCAAACUCUGGAGAAAUGUAUUUUCUAAUAUAUGUAGUUCUUAAAUAUGAAGUACUGAUUCAAAUGCCAUCACUUUUAGAGAAGUCCCAUUGAAAAUCAAAGCAAAAUUUCUUGUAUCUAGAUUUAACUCCAGAUUGUAUCACACUGUGCAGACAUUUAGAAAAUCUAUUUUGUGUUCAUGUACUUGUAAAAGUAAAUUGUCAUUAUUGUAAAAUUGUUAACCAAGGCAUAAAUUUCAGUUUCCUUUACUUUUAGGAAAUGGCUCAGUCUUCUAAUACUUUUCAUUUAUAUACUUCAAUAAAUCUGCUAAACUU